UGACUCCGGCUCAGGAACAACUACAAAUCCCAAAAGUGACCGCGCGCAUCAGCUCCGGGAAGGAGGCAGGCUCUGCGCUAGGUCCGAUGGGAGUUGUAGUGUCGCUGAGCUUUCUGGGCAUCGUAGUUCUGCGCCUCUACAGCCGGUAGGGCGAGGCGGCGCUGGUGCUUCAGAGCCGCGCUCUGGGGCCAAGAUGGCGGCGCGCCGGGGACGGGAAGACGGUGCCGCGCCGCCCCCAGGAGGGGGCCCCGGACCAGGCCCCGGCGGCGGGAUGCGCGGCGGCAAGCGUGGCUCCUGCCAACGGAGCCCCGAGCCCUCAGGAGCCGCGGGGAGCCUCGGGAGUCGGCAGCAGGUUCUGCUGGAAGAGGAGGAGGAAGAGGAGGCUGGCUUCCUCAGCCUGUCCCAGAAUGAUCUAUUUGACCUGGAGGGAGAUGAUGAAUUAGGAGAGGAAGAGGAGAUGUUCCUACAGAGCGAGGUCCUGUUGGAGACCAUGCAGAGUUAUAUGGAUGCUUCUAUCAUCUCCAUCAUUGAAGACUUAAGUGGAUCUGGAGAGCAGAGCAGGGUGACCUCAGAGGACCAGAAUGAAGUGUCUCUGCUCACAGCUCUCACUGAAAUACUUGACAAUGCCGACUCUGAGAAUCCAUCACCCUUUGAUACCAUUCCAGACUCGGAGCUGCUUGCAUCUCCUCGGGAGAACACCUCGUUGCACAAACUGCUGGGUUUUUCUCGCUCAUCCCCAGAAAACGAUGCGGAUGACCAAUGGGGACCCAAGACACACAGUAUGGCCCCUACUAUUGGCAGGGUUGAGAUGUGUGUCUCCGAUUCUUCCUGGGAUCUUCCCCCAUCUCCCUUCUUGGAGACCUCUUCCCCAAAGAUCCCAGGAUGGAAGACCCCAAGAUCCCGGCCCCGAUGGGGUCAGCUUUCUCCCUUGCAGCGCAGUGAUGGAGAGGAGGAAGAAGAUGCCAGACUCAGCAGUGACAGAGUCGCAACAGCGGGCUCCUCUGCUGACAACACUGAAGACUUCCCUAUGCACCUGGCCUGCCCGGGGGAGGAGGAGGAGGAGGAGGAGGAGGCUACCCCAGUCGGAGAUGAGAGCAUCUCCUCUCUAAGUGAGCUAGUGCGGGCCAUGCAUCCCUACUGUCUGCCCAGCUUCACGGUUUGCUUGGACUCCUCUGGAGACCAGCAGGAGGAGCAGACUGAAGAGUUGAUGCUGGCUGAAGGGGGCAUGGUUUUGGAGAUCCUAGGCCAAGGGUCUGUGACUGGGGAGGCUCUGGAGAUUCCGGUGGUCUUGCGCCAUCUCCCUCCUUCAGGCCAGCCUAUGGAAGAGUUAGAGCCUGACCUUUCUCAGCAGCUACUAGAGUCUGACCCGGGAGCUGACAUCCCCAUGUGUGGGGAGCCAUGCUUUCAGAAAGAGCCUGUGAUCCCAGGCAGUCCUAAAGGGGGGAGAGAGAAGGGGCCAACAAGCCCAGCCCUGCCUUGUGAUGAAUUGAUGCCAGCACUUGUUGAUGACCCCAAAGGACCCUCUAUUGAUGGGUCUUCAGAUGCACCGAAAGGCCAAAGGGGCCAUCGGAGUCGGAGAAAGAAGACUGAAGCUAUGUUAUUGCCAGACAGGGAGGGAGACAGUAACUAUAUUCGCAAGCUCAGGUCCUCUUCCCGGAGCCACCUGACUGCUGAGAGCCAGCCCUCAGAUCAGCCCCUGGAGGCGUUCUCCAAAGUGGCCCAGGCAUCCUGUGGUCGGAGAAAGCCCCGGGCCAGGCUGGCUGAACCUAGAGUGAUGUCAAGUCUAGAAAAACCAGGCCCACCAGAGCCUGACUCUGUCCCACUAAGUCCCCUUGGACAGUCUGGCCUGGCCAGAGAGGAGCCGCCGACUCUGUCCUCCGGCAGUGUGGAGAUGUCCUUGACCUCAGGGACUUGUGACCAGUCACAGGCCCCAGAGCCAAGCCUUGAGAGUAACAGGCCUCAAAGUGAGAGGGUCUCGAGUCCCUCAAAGACAGAAUGCAGUGCCAGCGUUGGGCCCCAGGAAGCCAAACCCCGACCUUUGAGCCUCUCAGAGUAUUGGCAGAGAAGGCAGCAGCGCCAAGCAGAAGAGCAAGUGCCAGAGCCCCAAACCCCUGCUGGAAAAUGGCCAAGCAUUCCGGAGACACCUACAGAGCUAGCAGAAAUCCCUUGCCUCAUUGUCCCUUCUAAGACAGCUGAGCAGCAGGGCCUUGAGGUACCUUCAAGGCCCAUUGCCCCUGGCAUAGCCAAGCAGAGGACAGCUCAGCAGCCAAGCCCCAAGCUGCCUGCCAGUCCCAUGCCCUCUUCCAGCUUGUCUUCCCCUGAAGCUGACCUCCCGUUGCCAGCCAGACAUACAUCUCUAGCAAGGCAAUCUGUGUCCCCUACAAUGCCUGUGCCCCCUACAAUGCCUGUGCCCCCUACAAUGCCUGUGCCCCCUACAAUGCCCAUGCCCCCAGCUGUGCCUCCUGCAGGACCCAUGCCCCCAGCUGUGCCUCCUACAAUGACUGUUCCAGUGACAAUUCCCAGGCCUCCAGCUCUGCCACCCACAAUGCCACCCCUUCCGGGUGGGCCAGGAAUGCCAUCCAUGGUGCAGCUUUCCUCCAGUGGGCAGACAAUGCCCGAUUUGCUUCUGCCACCACUCCCCCCACCCUGUCUCCCAAGGCCUCCUGAUUCUUAUACCCAAUUUGCCCCAGUGCCUUCCUGGCCCUGUUAUCCCUCAGUACCACCAUCUGUUAACUAUCCUUGCUUGCCACCCCCAGUGCCAGGCACAUCCAAUGCCUAUCCAGUACCUACUCCCCCUGCUGUGCCUUGGGCCCUACCUCCUGCAUCAGUGACAGCUUAUGGUUCUGAUCAUUCUUAUGGGCCUAUGGGUUGGUGUCCAGGCCCGCAGCCUCCUUAUUGGCCAUCUGUACCCCCAGCCCCAUUACCACCACCACCACCACCUCCCCUACCUAAGAACAUCCCACCACCCACCCAUGUUACUGACAUUUUCCCUACUGUGGCUCAUGGUAGCAUACCUGACUCCAGUGCAGUCUCUAUGGUUCCACCACCUAACCUUGUACCAACUUCCCAGGAGGCCUCUCAAUCUGUACCCUCAAGAGCAGAGGUCAAGCAAGGGCCAGCUUCUCAGCAACCCUCGAGACCCUUGUCCCCUACAUCCAAAACCAGGCUGGCCACCCCAAAGAGCCCAAAUGCCAGAAAGAAUGGGGUUCUUGUUGAGGAGCCCAUGGUUCAAAAGGGCCAACUCACGUCAGAGAGUUCUACCCCCCAGAAGGCCCAGCCUGAAACCAAGGAGAGUGUGCAUAGUGAGUCAACAUUAGUCUCGGCAGAUGCCACUGGGUCUGUGCCUAAGCAGUGCCAAGUGGCCAAGAUGCCCAAUGUACAUCCAGCUCGACUUCGGAGACUCAACUUCCUGCCUUCUGCACACACCCAGGGUUCUGAGGAUGUGGUACAAGCUUUUAUCAGUGAGAUUGGAAUUGAAGCAUCUGAUCUAUCCAGUCUUCUGGAGCAAUUUGAGAAGUCUGAAGUCAAAAAGGAGUGUAUUCCAGCGGGAUCUGCUGAUACCUUAGCUAUAGGAAACUCAGGGGUUGACAUCUCCCAGGAAAAGCGACCUCUUGACCGGUUACAAGCCCCAGAGCUGGCCAACGUUGCAGGCCUGACCCCUCCUGCUACUCCACCUCAUCAACUCUGGAAACCCUUGGCUGCAGUCUCAUUACUGGCCAAGCCAGGGUCUCCUGAUUCUCCUACCCAAGAUAAAGGGCAGAAGCCCGUGGGAAACAUGGAGGCCAAACGUGCAACUGCAGCUCGACUCCGAGGGCGGGUCCCAGGACCUAGCCCAGUUCAUGUGGGCUCUGGGGACCAUGACUAUUGCAUCCUAAGCCCUACAGUGACCCCAGGGCCUGAGUUGGGAUCACGCUGGAAUGUCAAACGACAUCAAGAUAUUACAAUUAAGCCUAUCCUUUCUCUGGGCACUUCAGCUGCUUUGCCAGUAUGCCCAGCCACGUGCCAGAAACAGCAGCUGGAUCAUAGGACUAGUGAAGAAAUGGAAGCAACCCCUCCAGCCCCAACCGCUACCCCUGACCAGCACCCUUCUGUGCUGUUGUCCCCAGAGGCUUCACCUGGCCGUAAUGAUGACACUAGGACUCCCCCCGGGGCUUUGGCCAAGCAGCCAGUUCACUGCUAUCAGAAGGCCAUUGCUUCAUCCAGCCCUCCAGGCCGUGUUUGGCGAGGCCGCAGCAGCCGUUCAUGUUCCAAUGGGGCUAGUGAGGCCUCUUCCUCCUCGGCGUCUUCAUCUUCCAGAUCCAGGUCCAGGUCUCGCUCCCAUUCCCGUUCCCGGUCCAAGUCUAGGUCCAUCUCCCCACCACCCAAGAGAUGGCGCAGCUACAGGUCCCGUUGUUCCCGUAGUACCCGAUCCUCUUCUAGGUCCAGCUGUGAUUCCUGGGGACACUCUCGGCGGCGAUCUUCCUCGUCGUCGUCUUCUACAUCUUCUUCUUCAUCCUCAUCCAGUUCUCAGAGCCGAUCUCGUUCUCCGUCCCCUCGUAGGAGGAGUAAUAGGAGACGGAGGUACGACUACUAUGAUUCCCAGGACCACUACCAAAGGCAGAAAAUUCUUCAGAAGGAACGUGCAAUAGAGGAAAGGAGAGUGGUCUUCAUUGGGAAAAUUCCAGGCUGCAUGACUCGGUCAGAGUUGAAACAUCGGUUCUCAGUCUUUGGAGAGAUUGAAGAAUGUACCAUUCACUUCCGCUUUGAAGGUGACAACUAUGGCUUUGUCACCUACCGAUAUGCUGAAGAAGCAUUUGCAGCCAUCGAGAGUGGUCACAAACUUCGGAGGGCAGGAGAGCAGCCCUUUGACCUCUGCUUUGGGGGCCGAAGGCAAUUCUGCAAGAGGAAUUAUGCAGAUUUGGACUCCAACUGGGAGGAGUUUGACCCUGCCCCCGUGAAGAGCAAAUUUGAUUCAGUCGACUUUGACACAUUACUAAAACAGGCCCAGAAGAACCUUCGGAGGUAACCCUGGGCCUCCAGCCCCUGUCCCUCCAGAAGUCCCUCCCCCUCGCCCCCUGGAGCACCCGUUGCUUCUGGAUGAGGGGGGAAGAGCUGCUAGUGAGAUGGCUGUUUUAUAAAGAAAAUGGAAAAAUAAGUGAAAUUUAAAAAAAAGUAAAAGAAUUUUUCUAAAAAAAAA